ACCCUUAGAAGUACACUGUGCCUAAUAUUAUAUAAGUAAGAAAACUAUGUGCAUGAUUUUUCCAUCCAUGCAUCAAUGAAGUAGUCCAUCUUUUUCUUGACUUUUUGAAGGAGAAACUAGACUUAUUCUCUAUAGCUCAAAGAUCAAUAUCCAUGGCAAUCACUAGUACCAUCGACCUCUUCUAUGUCUAUCUCUUGUUGACUUUCAUAACUGCCUUUCUUUUCCACUCGUUCAUCAAAACCCAUCUGAAACCCAAUCCUGUACUCAAAGCCCCACCAAGUCCCCAAGCUCUACCAAUCAUCGGCCACCUCCAUCUCAUUGGCUCCGUCUUGCCCAGGUCCUUUCAAACCCUAGCUCGCCUCCAUGGCCCUCUUAUGCAGCUCCGUCUCGGUGCCUCCAGCUGCGUGGUGGUUUCCAACUCAAACGUGGCUAAAGAAAUAUUCAAAACCCAGGAGCUCAAUUUCUUAUCCAGACCCGAAUUCGGAUCCUCCGAGUACUUCAUCUAUAGAGGUUCCCGAUUCGUCACCGCCCAGUACGGCGAUUACUGGCGAUUCAUGAAGAAGCUUUGCAUGACAAGGCUUCUGGCAGUACCUCAACUUGACCGGUCCAUCAAAAUCCGUGAACAAGAGGUUGUUAAGCUUUACGAAAGAGUGAAAGCGAGGUCUCAAGAAGGAAAGCCUUGCGAUUUGAGUAGCGAGUUAACAACUUUGACCAACAACACGAUUUGUAGAAUGGCUGUGAGCACAAGGUGCUCGGGAAGUGAUAAUCAGGCCGAGAAGAUUAAGAAUUGGGUUAAGGAAUGCUUGAUGCUCGCUGGGAAGUUGAGUGCGGGUGAUAUAUUAGGGCCUUUGAGGUUUCUUGAUUUGUCUGGGAAUGGUAAAAAGCUUGUUUCGGCGUUGAAAUGUUUCGAUCAGUUGGUCGAAAAGAUUAUGAAGGAACAUGAAGCUAAUGUUAAUGGAUCGGAAGAGAAAAGGACUAUGGAUCUUAUGGAUAUAUUAUUGGAGAUCUACAAUGACCCAAAAGCUGAAUUGAAACUGUCCAGAAACGAUAUCAAGUCCUUUUUGCUUGACAUAUUCAUGGCGGGAACGGAUACAUCAUCUACAGCCAUGCAAUGGGCCAUGGGAGAGCUGAUCAACCGUCCACAGGUGUUGAAGAAACUGAGGGACGAGAUCAACUCAGUCGUGGGACCAGACAGGCUGGUCAAAGAAUCGGACGUACCAAAUCUUCCUUACCUUCGAGCCGUGAUGAGGGAAACUCUGAGACUCCAUCCAUCAGCACCGUUGAUCAUAAGGGAAUGCGGGGAGGAUUGCAAGGUCAACGGGUAUCUGGUCAAGGCCAAAUCAAGGGUUCUGGUCAACGUCUAUGCAGUGAUGCGGGACCCAGCUCAGUGGAGUGACCCAGAGGAGUUCAUACCGGAGAGGUUUCUGGAGAUGUCGGAGGAGAGGAUCGGCGAGCACCAAAUGGAAUUCAAGGGUCAGAAUUUUCGGUACCUUCCCUUCGGAAGCGGCCGGAGAGGGUGUCCCGGUGCAUCUCUGGCCAUGCUGGUGAUGCAACCGGCGGUGGCGACCUUGGUCCAGAGGUUUGACUGGAAAGUCAAAGAUGGUGACAUGGUUGAUUUGACUCAAGGCUCGGGUUUUGCUGCUGAAAUGGCAAAACCCCUUGUUUGCUAUCCUAUACCAAUGCAAUGCACUUACCUUAAUUAGUGUAUACAUGCUAAAAAGUUUCUAAUAGAUGGAUCUAUGAUUUUGCUAUUGUGGGAGACAGAAGACCAGUAUACACACAUUAGCGUUUAUGAAUGGAUCUACAUGGAUAGGGUGAACUUGCUAGUUUCUAUAUGGUUAUGGAUAACACCAGUAUAUAUUCUAUUCUGUUACUUCUUAUGUGUGUUUCCUAAUUUGAAGUGGAAGUUAAAAU